AUGGUUUGUUUCUCUCUCCGCCGUGUCAAUGGCGAUCGAACCUUUACUCCUCAACUCCGCCACCUCCUAACUUAACUAUCCGCCACCACAAUUCAUUAACGCCGCCACAAUCUACCGCCGGACCCCCACCGGAUUCACAUAAUCACUUCAUAAACCCCCCCUUUUUCUGCAAAUCAUAUUCCCCGCCACAAACCGGUUAACCGACCCCUAAAUUUCCUCCACCAUCACAGGGCAAAAUAAUCAGAUAAUUGAUAUUUAGGAGUUAUGCAAAGGCAUCGUAAUCCUGGAAAUGGAUAUAGGUCUAAUCCUAUCGGAAUCGGUGGUGGUGGCGUAGCUGCUGGUGGCCCUGGUUACCAUAACUACAAUCGCGGUGGUUUUGGCCGGGGUCAGCCUAAGGUUUUCCAGUCGGCGACAACGCAACCCCCUCCACCUCGGAGGGUUGAUGUUUUCAUGGAAGCCGGGAAAUUAGCAACCGAGUAUUUAGUUUCAAAAGGUUUACUACCACCAAAUUCGCUUAAUGGGAAAUGGCAAAAUAGUAAUUUGAAGAAUCAGGUCGGUGGUGGUGAUGGUGUUCCUGAUGCAGAUUCCGGCACUGGUGGUGGUCGGAGAAGGUUUCCUGAUGAUAUCAGUAGUGCAACAGGGUCAAGAGAUGGAAUUAGGGCUAGGAGAACAAUGGGAUCUUUUAAAAACCCUGGGUUUGAAUGGAAUCGUGAAUUUAACAACCGGAGUUCUUCGUGGUCUGAAAAGGUUAAACCUUCCACAGAUAAACAAAGGGAUGGUGAUUCCGUUUCUGGAUCCGUUGAAGAACAGAGAUCUGGGAAAGAUGGUGCUAGUGAGGAUCAAAAAUCGGUUUCUGGUGAUUUAGAAUCAAGAAAUUCUGAAGCAGGUAACAUAGAAACAGCCAUUGAUAACAAACCAAACCAAUUAGCCGAUGAUAAUUCGGGUAUCAAGACCCCAAUUUCAGAUGUCGAAUCUGCAGAAAAAAGUGAUGGUUUGAAGAGCCCAAAUACAGAGGAUGUGAUUAUGGAUGAUGUUAAAAAAGAGUCUGAUGAACAGAUUGUUAAAGAAGAACCUGGCCAGGAGAAUAGCACAGAUGAAAAUAACAACACUUCUGCAAAUAAGAUUAGUAGCGAUUUGUUAACACUAAUCAGGUUUAACAAAGUACCCACCAGAACCCGUUCUUCUGUGACACUCAAAGGCUCGAAAAGCGACUCACUUUUGACUUCUGGAGAUGAAAACAAGAACAAAAUCCAGAAUUCUGGAGAACCCGCGAAUUCUUCGCAGGAUGUUUCAGUAGCAGAUGAAAAUCAAGAAUCGAACCAUGAACUGAAGAUAGAAGAAGUCCCAUCUGAAGAAGAGGUUGCACAAAUUGAUCAUAACUACAAGUUUGGAGCUCGAUCUCAAUCUUUUCCUCAAAGAUCCUCCAUUCCAGAUCAAGGAUUUGGCGAAGAACAGCAGGGGUAUAAUAGAUGCAGCUCUGUUGUAUUGGGUAGGGGUGAAAAACGACCAUUGCUUCUCAGUGAUAGCUCGGAAUCGGCCAAGAAGCCGAGGGAUUGGACCUCGGGUGAUGGUUACUUGCAUCUUUCUAAUUCAAGAGGAGACCAAGCAUCAGGAAUCACUCAACCAUGCAAUGUUUUUGCAGAAGAGAAGCAGCUUUUUCCGAGUUCUUUCAAGAUUUGUGACCUCAAUUUAAUGGAAGUUUCUGACGUAAAUGAUAAUCAUGAUACCAGUUCUGUCAUUGGUUUUUCUUCAAUCCGGCAAGCAAAACAAGAGUCGGUGUCGGUCGAUUUUGAUUUGACCAUGAAUAGUAGUUGCGAUAUAAGCGAUAGACAAACUAGGCGCGGACCUGAUGGCAAAGGCGUUGAAGUCAUUGAUUUGGAUUGUGAUUCGGGGCAAGACGACAAGGGUUUCAGUAACUCAGAACGGAGGGAGGAAGCCAUAUUUACAGAUCUUGAGAGCUUUCCGGAUAGCAUGCAGAGGGUUAGCGACAUGCCCCAAGAUGGUUAUGGGCUUAUGAUAUCGGAGUUACUGGAGGCCGACAUUCCUAACUCUACUGUAUCAACUGGUGUUAAUUCUAUGCAUAAUGAAAUGAGCCUUCAGAAUGAAGAGGGGAUUCUUGGCGACGAUGAGUCAAUUUAUAUGUCACUCGGAGAAAUACCGAUAAGUUUUGUGCCAGUUUGGGAUCAGCAGCCAUCACAGGGGUAUGAUAAACGCUACUAGGAUGAUGGAUAUGGCGGACGUCCUCCCGCAAGAUAUGGGUGUGUAAUAUGGUAUGUAACAAAUAAUGCCAUUAUAAUUGGUUUGCUUCAAUCUUGAGAUUAUUAUAUGGUGUAGGAUAGUUCUAAAUACACGACAUUGCUCGUAAUCCUGAUUCGUCAUACGAGAUGAAUGCCUAAUUUGUUCAUGUUUUCGGGUUCUUACCAUGUGUUUGAAUGAAAGUAUAUGUUGUCGAUUCUUUUAAUGAUAUCCGUGAUUCUGUCUAAA